UCCAGAUCUUUUCUCGAAUUGUAUCCACUUUUCUUUUUUAUCUCUCUCGAGUCUUUCUUCUCCUCGACUUCCUCGCCAUACCUCUGCCUCCGGCGAGAAGCGCGUUUGCCUCGCCUUCCUCGCCGCUCACAAAAAGCAGCGCCUUCGCUCUCCUGUGUCCGUCGCUCUUCGCCCAAGUCCGUUUGAAGAAGUUCGCUCUCUCCUCGUCUUUAUUCUCUUCUCUCGCGCGAGUCAAAGGUUUUUCGGCUCUCCUCGGUCUCCUCUUCAAACAGAGCCUCCCGCCUCUGUCCGCCUGCCUCUCUUUCACACCGACGGCUGGACGAGUUGCGCCGUUGCGCUACAUUUCCUAAAAGGAAGGCUUUUCCGCUCUCUUUCCAGUCACCAUUUUUUCAUCGGUUUUCUUUCUUCGGACGCUUCCGUUCACCGGACGACGCAGUGAAUGCUUGGUCUGGGGAACGCGCGGCUCCAGUCUCUUCCUGUCGCGGUCGCCGUCUCCUUCCCUCUUGUUCUUCUCGCCGUCGGCUCUUCUUUUUAAGACUCCUGGCUCCGUGUGAAGCCGUGGAAGACGUACAGAACGCUUGGCCUGCGAGGGGAUUCUGCGUCUCCUCAACUCUUCUGCCUCUCGAAACGCUGGAAGAAUCCGAGCGAAGAUGCAGAGGGAAAAGGAAAGACGCUUCUGACCAGGGGAGCAUGCGGGGCGGGGAGACAGGCGCAGACGCUGCACACUGGAGAGGAGGGAAGCAACUGGUUUCCUGACGGACUCGCUCCAAAACUGUUCUCUGCCUUCUCCUGCUCCUUCCCCUCUUCUGUCUGGGAAGGUCUUCUCUCCAUCAUCGCUUCCUCUUCUCUGCCUCUCUCCUUCCUCCGUUCUGUUCAACUGCCUCUCGCCAGCAUCUCCGCGUUUCUCUCUCUGCUUCUCUCUCUCUGCUUCUCUCUUUCUCCUUCUCUCUUUCUCCUUCUCUCUUUCUCCUUCUCUCUUUCUCCUUCUCUCUUUCUCCUUCUCUCUUUCUCCUUCUCUCUUUCUUCUUCUCUCUCCGCCUCUUUCUCUCCGUGGGGUGUCUCUUCUGAGGCAGCCACGAUGGCUCCGUCGAUUCGUGGAGUGUCUCUGUUUAUCCAGGAUGUGCGAAAUGCGCCUUCGUCGAGUCGCGAGCAGGCUCGCGUCCUGCAGGAGCUGUCCAAGAUUCGCCAGCGUUUUGCCCAUCCGAAGAAACCGUUGACAGGCUACGAGAAGAAGAAAUGCCUCACCAAGCUGCUGUACAUACACCUGUUGGGCUACCCUGUGGACAUUGGUCACGCAGAGGCGAUUUCCCUCUUGUCCUCGCCUCACUACUCCGAGCGUUCGGCCGCCUUUCUCUUCUGCUCACUUCUGCUGGUCGACUCUCACACUGCGAGUCGCGACCUUCCAGACCUCAGAAGUCUCUGCUGCUCCUCCAUAAAAAAGGAGCUCUCUCUUCAACAUGAGGACUUCGCUGCUCUGGCCCUCGACUGCGCGAGCUACAUCUCCGACCCAGACGCCGCCGCAGAACUCUUCCCUCUGAUGCAGGCGACGGCGAAUCCGUCUUCUUCUGCCUCUCCGUUGAUUCGUCAGAAGGCGUACAGUUGCAUGCUGGUGUUUUUUCGUCUGCGGCCGUCGCUGCUUCCUUGCGAGGUGUGGGCGUCGCGCUUAGGCCAGGCACUGUUGUUCGAGCAAGAUCUUUCGUGUCUGCUGUCUCUAGUGAACUUGAUUUUCCACGCAGUCUUGCAGACAAGCCAGCUGCACCGGUGGCAACAGCAACUGCAGCUGUCGGCCAUCAACAUCCUUGCGCGCAUUCUCUCGAGAGACGUUCCAGAAAACCUUUUUUACCGGGGCAUCCCUGCGCCGUGGUUGGCUGUCCGGCUGCUCCAGCUUCUCCAGUGCUUCCAAGUCUCCGGAGGAAAACGGGAGGUUCUCUCCGACGAACCCAGCAGACGCGAAGACAAGCGAAGAGACAGAGAGGAAGAUUCGCGAGAAGAUGAAGCAGUUGUGAAGCAGCAGCGGGAAGCGGUGGCCCUCUCCCUCAAUGAAAUCGUCAAGACGAUCUUCACGCAGGUCGCGACUGCAAACGAGGAAGAGGCGUUGCCGCAUCAGUCUCGAUCCUCAACUCUGAAGGGGAGGAAGAGUCACUCUUUCUCGGCGUUUCGCGCUUCUUCCCUCUCUACGCGUCUCGCGUCGCUCUCGCGUUUGCCGCAGAGGCAAUCGUCUUCGGGGAAGGGUGAUCGGACGGGAGGCUCCGGAGACGCGGCGGUUCCGCAGAGAGGUACAAGUUUUUUCAGCAGGAAGAAGGGCCUUGGAGCGCAUGCGGUCUCUCCCUCAGUCAUUCAACAUGCAGUUCUCUACGAGGCGAUCAGUCUCUCCACCCAUCUCCAAGCCGACGCCGACAAAGAUCUCAAACUCUCCGCCGCGGCGCUUCUUUGCUCCUUCGUCGAGGAAGGCGAUUCAAACUUUCGAUACAAGAGUCUCUCUUUGGUGGCGGCGAUGGCUGCGGAUCCUGACGUUCACCCAGAGUUAAAAGGCGCAGUCCCUGCAAUUCUUCGAUUGCUUGAGGAAGAGGAUGUCUCUCUCCGGAGACAGGCAAUUAGCCUCCUCUUUGCCCUCAGUGGGCCUGACAACUGGAGUGAAAUUGUUCUAGCUCUUCUGGAGAGUCUCCAUCGAGACGCAGAGACUCUUCCGAAUAUCUCUGCUCACAUUGCCGUCCUUGUUGAAACAUACGCACCGGACCCAACUUGGCUUGUUGACGUCGCCUUUCAGAUGCUGCAGCGUGCGCCACAGCACGUAAGAGACGAGACAUGGGUGCAUGUCAUUCAAGUUGUUUCCGGCAGUUCCUCCUCAGAGCCUUCAGACGAACGAGACGGAGACAAACUCUCAGGGAGGAAAGAGAAUUCCGCGUCGGUCGGUCGACCAGACGUCGAGCUGCAAAGAUACGCUGCAAGCCGUGCUGCAGAAUUUCUGGAAGAUGCGUUUCUUAACGAACCUCUUCUCAGACUCUGUGCGUAUCUGCUGGGCCAUUUCGGUCACUUGAUAAAGGCGAGAGUUCCUGGGCGUCGGCAGAUCGACGCGCUGCUGUUCCACUUUCGACGCUUCGUCUCGGCGUCCUCGUUCCUCUCUCCAGGGAACUUCCCUCCUUUCACCUUCAUUCCUUUGAACGACGAAGCGCCAGCUGCUUCGUGUUGCCCUCUCCUCCCUCUUCUUCUCUUCGCCCUCGUCAAACUCGCGCAUGCCUUUCCGGCAGACUCUGCUCCCGUUCUUCAGGUGCUUCAAGAGCUCCACGACAGCAGAGACUUGGAGCUGCAAACAAGAGCUGUCGAACUCUCUGCUCUGUUGGAGUUACCAGAUCGUCAGUUCGUUGCACAGACUCUCGCGCUGUUGCCGCCUUAUCGUCGACGUCAGCUGCUUUCUCGCCCUCCGCCGCCGCGGGCACUCGCAGGCUCUGGCGGGGGCAGGACGACGCGUGCGGGAGCGAAUCGCGCUGCAGAGGAGCGACUGUCUGCUCAUCUGCGAGCUGCACCCGCCGCGACUCGCGAGGCGGUUGCGGCUGUCUUCUCGUCCUCUCCAAGAGCGACGGGUAGGAGCUGCGAGACACGCGGGAGACGGGGGUCGUCUCGGUCCCCUCAGAGAGAGAGUUUCGAACGAGAACGGUCCUCCAGCGAAAGCAGUCCGAGUCGAGAGAGCUCCGACGGUAACUCGGAAAGCGACAGAGACAGCAGAGACACGGGAGAGGAGAGCGGAGAGGAGACUGGGGGGCGUCAAAGCGAGGAUCGGCGAGGAGGGAGAGAGGAGCGAGAAAGAGGAAGGAGGUCGAGUGACUCCAGCGGGGCGGGGCGAUCUGUGGAGAGCGCAGAGUCGGAGGAGGAACGCGAGCACGAGAGCAGAGGAAGCAGUCGGAGCAGCAGUGUGGAGAGAGAAGAAGAGGAGAGACGAAUGCAGGAGAAGUUCAUGGAACUACUGAAAAGCCAUCCGCUGCCGCAGAGCCAAAAUCCGGAAGAUCAGAACCGCGAGCUGUGGAAGCGAGCGUGCAUCGCGUCUGAGGGAACGCUAUGCCUCCUCCCCGGCCUCCUUGAGGUGUAUGUACACCGGAAAUUUGACAAGAAGGACGGAAUGCUCCUUCUCGAGUGGCGCAACUUGAGUCGCGACAAACUCCUCGGGCUUCAAAGAGGAAGUCCGCCAAACAGCCCGGAGAUGCUGCUGAAGGACGAAGGCUUUCGACCGGGAGAAGCGACUUGGGUCGAAGGCAGUGGAACUGAGGUGGUGAACAUUUUGCCGCUCCGAAAAGCCAUUCAGAGAAUUCGCCUGCGAUGUCUGAAACCAUUCAGUGCCCCGCCGAAGCUCGCCUGUCUCCUCUGCGUCUCCACGGGCGCGAACCAGCCUCCGCAGCAGAUUCAGCUGCCUCUGUCGCUUCCAGUCGUCAUGGCGAACUUUCUAGUUCCGGCGAAAGCUGUGAAUGAAGGCUCUGUUUUCCUCCGCUACUGGAAGCAGCUGCUCUCUAGAGAAGAAGAAAGAGAAGGCGAGCGCGGAGGAGAAAGCAAAGAAAAGGUGAUCGUGGGUCCGCUGGCGUUGCCGCCGCACCAAGUGCCUCUCUUCUUGAGCGCAGGUUUCAAGUUUCACGUCAUCAAGGUUGGUCGCAGCCUCUGCGGCAGCGGCACGUUCCACACGGGGACGCCGGCAGCAGGCGCCUCCAGUGGCGCCUCGCCUCGCUUUGUGUGCGCCUCUUCCAUGUGCACAGUUGAGCUGAACCCAAACGUGAAUCCUUUGCUUGCGCGGAUAACAGUGCGUGCAGCGCAUCCUAGGGUUUCUCUGUAUUUGUCUCGUCUCCUCGGAUUCCACUUGCUUCGAGCGUCUGCUCCCCCCUCGUCCAGUUCGCUCGUCCAGGCGUCGCCGGAAUUCGCGCUGCAAUCGGGCUCUUCCCCGUUUGCGGCGCCUGCUGGCGGCGAGAAUCCCGCGCCUCCUUUGUCUCGCGGAGCAGGAGUUGUUUCUGCAAUGCCCGGAACUCGCGCAAGCGUGAAUCUGAGCACUGCACAAGUAGCGGGGGGUCCGCCACUCUUUCCCUCCGCCUCUGCAGGUUCUCCGACAGGUUUAACGCCGCAGAACUUCUACCGCAUGACAACCUGACAACGCAGCGGAGGGUGGAGCAGUUGUUGCCGUCUCCUGAGGACGGCGGACGCGACUUGUGUCUCCACGACGCGCAUGCAGCUUCCUUGCUCGGCUGGCGACACACAGCAGCGCCUGGUCUCUGGGGUAGACUUCGGAGCUGUUAACAUUUGUAGCGCUCUCGGCUGGUCAGUUGGCCAGUGAUUCCCUUUUGAAUCGGAAUUCUUUUGUGAGAUGCGAUGGAGACGAGCUUACGGUGGCAACAGUUUGUGCUUUGUAUCGCGCGCGCCGCUUCCUCUGUCCAGGGAAGCUAGGUUUUUUUCCAACUGAGGAACAGACGAAACAGGCGACUUUGUCUCCGGUAAAAAGCAGAGGUUUUUCUCGGGAACCCCCCAAACCCCCUGUGAACACUCAAAUCUGCAACAGUCAGAAACAGGGACGGGAACGGUGUCCCUUUAGCGCUCAAAAAACGCGCGUGCGGUCUCCGUUUUGCGUAAUCGUGUUCAAGACCAUUCCUGUCGACCCGCUUCUCUGUGAAAAUCCUUUGUUGACAAGCAGGAGUGAACAAACAGGAGAGAGACUCAGAGCUGAUGACAACGGGAACGAAACACUGCCAUAAGCAGUGAACGACAGCCUGCAGUCCAAUUUCGCUGACGAGCAGACCGUCUGUGUUUUUCUGCCCGCUUGUGUAGCGUCUGAGGUAGUUCAGUUUUUUGGAGCACAGAAAAAACUGACGUGGAAUGUAGGAAGAAACUCAGGUUUCGCAGAACGGCCUGACAGGGUUUACCUUUUACGGCCACAAACGCACUGGCUUUCCGCGGCUCCCAGGGCAGAGGAAUUGUACAAGAGCGGUACAACGGAUUCACGCAUGUGACCAGUCAAGAAAACGAUGAGUGUUUUUUCUCGUCCUGGGUGUAUCUCGGGGUUAGCUGUAUUUACAGCGCUGCAGACCAAGUUGGUUCUGCAACUGAACCUCAACCUUUGCCAGAUCCAUGGAUACUGGAGUCGUUUCUUAUCAAGAAGAGCAGCAAUGAGGAGCGAUUCUAAGAAAGAUGCUUGUGAGAAUGUGCACUCGUGAGUUCAGCAAAUUUGUUUGAGG